GCAUACCUGAAGAAAGAGAAAGGCACGUGUGGCCACGAUAUCGAUUGCGACAUUCGUGCCAAUGAAGCAGUGUGUCCUCCGUGGUACUGGAGAUCUGCGGCUGUUUGGCCGGAACCUUUCCAUGAAGAAAUUGGGGGGGACUACGUGAAAGAGAUGGGGACCAAAAUUCUUCAACGGCGCCUGCCCGACUGGAAAGUGGUGCGCUGCGAACGCAUCGAAGAUGCCCUGCUGUGGGAGAAGUUUUCGGCGAAACGGGCCCAGCUCCGCGAAAGAAAGGUGAUGAAGGCAGAUGUGCGACCGGAAACAGCCGAGAGUAUCCAGUACUCUGCCAACACCACACUGGACCAUAGUGUCAAUGAAGUUUGGCUGCUGCAUGGCACCUCAGAAGAGGCUGCCAAGGCUAUCUCUCGAAGUAAUUUCACCGCCAGCAGCGGUGGAUGCUUUGGCUCGGGGAUCUACUUCGCGGACGAUGCGCGGAAGAGCAACCAAUAUGCAAGCCGGACCGAAGAGGACCAGAAGAUCAUGUUGUUGUGUCGUGUGGCCCUGGGCGGUGUCAAGAUGCUUCCAGAAGGACAGGACCGCACGGCGGACCGAUAUGCAGAGGAUCCCAACAUCGUUGGACGAAUCCUUGGAGCUGAGGAUUCCAUCCUGGGAUUCACGGACAAUAAAGAGUUCGUGGUGUAUGAUCCGGCACAAGUUUAUCCGGAGUACAUCAUGCUGCUCCACAUUGGUGAGGCCAACAGUGGAAGACAAGCGGCAAAUACCACCAUUUUCUGGGAUGUACUACCAGGAGAUUUCCAAGGGCUGACGGCCAGAGAAAAAAAAGUUGUGGCGCAGCGGGUGGCGGAGAUUCGUGGCCAUGCUGCAGAGUGGGGAGUUGCAGGUGUGAGUGCCGAAGCUUGGGAUGAAGCGGAGACACAGGCACAGGAGCAAAGAAAUGCCACCGUGAAGGAGAUCUUUGAGCGCCUUGAUGACAAUGGCAGCGGCUCUUUAGACCGUACAGAAGUGCGGAGUCUGCUGACCCAACUCAACAAGGGUGUGGAGCCUACCGAAGAGGAACUCACCUUCGUCAUGAAAAUGGCAGGUGGACGGGCUGUUGUGGGAUGGAGCAGUGAAGGUACUAGCAUAGCGCCGGGCCAACGAGCAGCGGCUGGGCCGGGUCAAGUGAAGGGUGAAGGGGAUGCACCGCGCGACCCAGCAAAUCCUAAGGAGACUCGAAGCCUGGAGAUUGGCAAGGACAAUCUGAUGGCUGCUGUGACCUGCUGGCGAGUCUACCAGUCCUCGUUUGCAGACGAAAAGAGCAUGGGGGUGAUCCUCUUCAAGAAGUUUGACCCAGAGGGCACCGGUUACCUGGAGAGAGAUCAGCUCCAGGCGAUGCUCUCGGAUCUCAGCGGCGGCGAGGACGUCACAGAGGAUGAUCUGGACUUUGUGAUUGAUUCAGCGGAUGUUCUCCAAGAUGGGAAGAUUUCGAAAAUGGAACUGAACCAAGCCAUAGCUGCGUGGUACCAGCGCCAAACCUUGCUACAAAGCGAGGAAGUGGGCGAGCCCAAGGUUCUUCAGUCAGUGGAGAAGAACGUAUCAAACGAGCUUGGAAAGCAGGCCAGUGGGCGAAAGCAGUUGCAGACGGGCGCAGUUUGUCGCCGAACAGGUGGCCUCGAUGCAGACAGCUUGGUGCUUGCGGAGUCGGCCGUAGAGACAUACGUGCUUUCAUGGCCAUUGGGAGAAGAAGAGGAUGGAGAGGCCGAAGCCACAGUUUUGGUAGCUAUGAGGCGAGAGGGCGGCAUCCUUCUCGUCCUGCCUCAAACGUUUUUGCCUCGGCAACUGGUGUCAGAGGGCAACCAAGGGAACUUGGAGGGGAUUUUUGGACCCUCUCAGGUUUUCACAGUCCCAGCCAUCAUCAUCGAGGACGAGAUUGUUUCUCCCACUGGCACAGACGUCGAUGUCAUGGUGAUAGACUGCUCAAUAGACGUUGUGAAGCACAUGCGGGCCUUCACGUAUCAGGAGGAGCUGGUCUACAAUUACGACGAGGAUUCGCCGUACGCCUUGCCCUCAAUGGAUGCCUUGCUGCCAAAAAUCAAAACGUGGGUGAGUCAGGCCAUGGAUAUGAGGGUUGGCUUUUAUACCCCAGAGGAGGCAGAAGGUGCAGAGGAGACCCCUGCCACACCAAGGCGAAGAAAGCCUCCCGCAAAGGCUACUCCUUUAGGAGGUGGUGCAAAGCCCAAGAGGCCUACAACAGCAACCCUUGCAACAGAGAUGCGAGGGAUCCUGGAUGCACUCCCGCAGAUUGCAAAGCAGCUGACAGUGAUGUCCGAGCGCCAGACGUUGCUCGAGAGUCGACUUGCAGUGGUUCCCACAGCAAAAGCGUCUGCAGCCGCUUUAGGAUCAGCCUUGAGUACCUCCUUGCCUGGCCCACCACCUCCUGUGUCAGACCUGGUCAAGAGUUUGCAGCCACCUUCCAGGACUCAAGAGAGAGCGAGCCUUGGUUUGUUGGCUUCCCCUGGAAUUGCCAAGCAGUUGGAAGUCGAGGAGCUUGCAGAAGAGAGGCUGGAGGGCUUGAAAGGGUCUUCCCUGAGUUCCGACGGUGCAUUGGCCCAAGCAGUUUUGGCCCAGAGCAAAGCUUUGACAUCGCUUGUGGCUCAAAUCGCAAGCUCGCAGAACGACCCCCUGUCGGAGCUCACCGGCUCUUCAUCGACAGCGGGGACCAGAGGAGCUGCAACGAGAUCCAGGCUUCAAUUGGAGUUGGCCCAGCACAAAGGUUUGUUUUUCCAGAGUGUCCUGCAGAGCAUGAGCCGGAGGAUGGCCCCAACCAGCAAUCCUUCGGCGACAGCUAUGGAGCUUUUGGAGAGAGGUGUUUCAGGGGUGCGCUACCUGGAACGUUUUGGGGGCUAUGGCAGGGUGAAGGAGCUGGGACAGAUUCAGUAUCAGGUCAUGAUGAUCAUGGACUUUCUCAUGGCAGAGAAUUACUUGGCUGCUAUGGACGGAGUGGCACUUCUGGCAGUAACGCUGGAACAGGCUGCACUCGACGGAGGACGAAUGGAAUUGGCGACCCUCCUUUGUUUGCAGGAGGACCCUCCGGCCAGCAUCUUUGUGAAUCGCCAGUUAUCAUCGACCUCGAGGGCGCGCUCUUUCGCACCCUUAGCGGAUCAACGCUGGGUCACAUGUGCCCUAGCUUUUCUCAAAGAAAUGGAGGUCAUCUCCAACAAGCGCAACGAGAUGAACGCAGCUGGAAGGGUGGGUUUCGAAGCUUCGUCCGAAGGUGCAGCGGCCCCAAAGGCAAAAGCGAAACAGCAGCCAAAGAAAAAGGGCCGUGGAAAAGGAGCACUGCCUGCCGCCGAGGAAGUGGAAGGUGUCGCACAGCUUUUUCAUGGCACCUCUGGAGAUCUUUCACUGCAACAUGGCGCGAUCCUUGUGACGCGUCAACCACAGCUUUCCCCUUGCCAGAGACCGAAUGCCGAGCAGAUGAAGGUGUUUGAACGCCUGCGGUCUCUCAUAGCUGUGUGUGGGGAGGUUGAACAGCAGUUCAUUGCCGUCCCUGGCCGAUCCGGGCCUGAAUUAGGUGCAGCACUUUUGCAGAUGGAGAGGUUUGCUGAUCUCCAUCCAGAGCUGAGCCAAAGCUAUGUUCAGCGAAAACCAGUGAAGUUUAAGGAGGACAAGCACCUCCUUCCCUUUGCAGACCACCCUGAGCUCCUCCCUUACAGGUCACUUGAUGCCUCACGCCUGAAGAUUGUUGGAACUGGAGAAUGGCCUAUGGCAGACUUCUUGUCGGGCCCGCUUUGGUUGCCAUUUCAAGAGCCGCGUUUUCUGUUGCAUGGUGAGCCAGAUGAUGUCUCAGUUUGGCCAGUUUUCAGACAAGAGGAGCGCAGUGAGAAUCUCAAGUUGGCGAAGCUUUGGGAUAGCAAGGGGAUUUUGAGACUUCACAGGAAGCCCCUGAUGCGUGACCACUUCUGCAAGACCUUCAAUGCAUACAAGAACCGCCACCUAGACCGGCAGAUAGGUGACAGAAGGAUUCCAAACUCCAGGGAGCGUGCGAUUGAUGGGCCUUCACACCAUCUACCCCCUGGCUUUCUCCUGACCAACUUGAGGGUUGAGCCUUUUGUUGAGCAAGUUGUCGGAUCCGUCACUGACCGACGGGAUUUCUACCACCAGGCAAAGAUCAGUGAGGAGCGCGCUCAGUCAAAUAUGCUUGCCUUUGCCUUUUCAGAGGAGGAGCUUGAUGGCACAAGAGCCCUUGAGGAGGCGCGAUUGAAGCAGCCCACCAAGAAGCAACGUGAGAGCGUUGGAGAUGGUUUUGGACUUUUGGCUGAAGGCGCGGAAGACCUUGCAGUUGAGGGGAAAUGGUUUCCCUGCUUUGGCUCACUUUUUCAGGGAGAUCACUUGGGAGUUGAGUUUGCGUUGAAGGCACAUGAAGAAGUUUUGCAGAGAGGAGGUUUGCUUGAGAGCAGUAGGAGGCUUUUUGGUCAUGCCCUGUUUCCUUUGCAGCGCCAGAUUGAGGGCCUGAUCAUUGAUGACUACUUUGCGAUAGGAUGCGAGCCCAUCACCACGAGCCCUCUGAACACCUUUGCGUCAAAGGCUCUGGCGAAAGCUCGUUGCAUCUAUGAGGCUGCAGGCUUGGAAGGUUCAGUUGAGAAGGACAUCGAUGCCCAGAAUGUUUUCAAGGCAGCUGGUGCGGAGAUCAUUUCAUCGGCCUCAGCAGUUCAAAGAGGCUUGACCUUGGUUGGGGCCCCUGUUGAGAAGCGGCUGGCAUUGGCUGCUUUGUCCCUGCGUGCGGCGAGACUGAAGUUUGCAUCCUCAAAGCUCCUGGCCAGACUUGCGGGCAGCUGGACAUCAGUUUUGCUUUACCGGAGGAAGGUUGCCCAGGAGCUUGUCCUGUUGUCAGCUUUGUCGCCAGUUGCAGUUUCAAACAUAGCAGUGAAGUACAAUGAGAUGGUCUACGCUUCCGAUGCCUCUUUGGGCCUUGGGGCGGUUGUUUCGGCAAAGGUUGACCCUGAGACUGUUGAAGUGCUGUGGCUUGGGAGUGACAAGAAAGGAUGCUAUUCCAAGUUGGAUGCGCCAGCUACGGCGCUUCUUGCUGCUGCGGGUGAAGAAGUUGCGGAGCCCUGUGGGCCUGAUCUCCUCAAGGCUCCCAAGAAAGGUCCUUUGCUGUACUUUGACUUUGUGGAGUUCUUUGGUGGUUCUGGCCGCGUUUCUUCAUGUGUUGCAGCCCUGGGUCACUCAGUAGCUCCCUGCCUCGACCUCACUGCCUCAAAGCACUAUGACAUGACUGAUGAAAGGCUUUUGGAAUGGUGCCUGUACAUGAUUGAGGAGGGAAGAUUCAAAGCUUUCCUUACAGAGCCUCCAUGCACAACAUUCUCACCAGCCGCACAUCCAGCAGUGCGGUCUUACGUUGAACCAGAAGGUUUUGACAGGCGAUGCCCCAAGACCAGGCUAGGAAAUGUCCUCGCUUUCAGAUCCUUUGUGCUCUUGCGUCAUGGAAGGAAGUUUGGUAGGCCAUGCGGGAAGGAGCAGCCAAGACGGAGCAAGAUGGCGUGGAUGAGAGCCUGGAGAGCCCUGAAGAGACUGGGCUUUUGCGAAGCAGUCAUCGCAUCCUGCCAGUUUGCCUCUCCUCACAAGAAAGAGUUCAUUUUUCUUUUGCAUGGCCUUGACCCCCUCCGCCUUGAAGUCAAAUGCCCUGGGGGCCACUCUCAUGUGAAGAUCCAGGGCCAGCUCACCAAAGGAUCAGCAGUCUACACCUGGCCUCUUGCAGAGCACCUAGCAAAGGAGUUCAGCCGGGUUUUGAGGUUGGGUUGUGCUUUUGAGGAGAGGGGCCCAGAUGUUUUUGGCCUUGAGAGCGUUGUUGCAAAUGAUGUUUUGCUGACGGAGAAAUGGAGAACCCGAAAGUGCCGGCACUGGAAGCGCAAGAGCCAUAUCAAUGUGUUGGAAGCUCAUGGAGGUCUUGGUGUUUUAGCAACAGCUGCCUCAGAUCAGCCAGAUAGCCGGUUUGUAGCCCUCAUGGACUCCCGAGUGGCGAAAGGGGCUUUGGCAAAGGGCAGGAGCUCUGCUGAUGGACUUCAAAGAACCUGUAAGAGGAGCUCGGCCAUUCAGGUAGCUUUUGGACUUUACCCUGGAUGGAAUUUUGCUCCAACUCGGCUCAACAUAGCUGAUGACCCGACCCGAUGGGUACCAGUCAGAAGUCCUGUUCCUCUCUCUGUCCGGGAGGGUCUUAGCCAGCAGCAGAUCCAGCUUCUCCACUCAUGCCAGCUCUCUCGUUGGGCUUCAAACUGGCUCCGCCUUUGCCUCCUGCUUCUUCUCCUGCAAUCCCCUGUUCAGGCUCAGCACAGUGAUGGAUUUUCAUUUUGGACUUUCCCUGAAUCUCAUCUGUCAGUCACCCUGGAUUUUGACCGACUCUAUGGGCACCUCCUCUCGAUGUCAUGGACUUUUGUUUGGACUUUUCUCUAUGGAAUUUUCCCUCUUGUCCUGGCUCUCAGUGUCUCAUGCAUGGUCGUGGGCUGGGUUGUCACGUCUUGUCCUGUACAAAGAGCCCCCUAUAGGCUGUUGUGGAUUUUGAUUUUUGGACUUAGCCUAGCUGACGCCAUGGAGCCUUUGACUUCGCUUGAGAGGAGUCGUGCUGAAAGACGGAAGGGAAUUGAACUGGUUGCCACGCGUGUUGCCAGACAAGACACGCUGAACCGGAGAGCAAAGCUGCUUUCAGAUUUUCGGUGCUGGCUGUUUGAGGUGCACAAGGUUUCUUUGUCUCAGCUGCUUUCAGCAAAGCCGCCUGACCCUGAGGAGAUCUGCAAGUGGCUCACCGCUUAUGGCCAGGAUAUGUUUCUAUCUGGGAAAGCGUAUGGGAAGUUUGCUGAGACAAUUAACGCUGUGGCACAGGCCAGACCGGUCAUCAGGAAGCAGUUGGUUGGAGCUUGGGACCUGGCCUUUGCCUGGCAGUCAGAUGAACCAGGUGAACAUCAUCCUGCUUUGCCUCUAUCAAUCCUCCUAGCAAUUGUGGCCUUGGCUUUGCUUUGGGGGUGGCCACUCGAGGCAUCAGUGAUUAGUUUGACCUGGUGUGGGCUUCUUCGCAUUGGGGAAGUCCUGAUUGCUGAGCGAGGUGACCUGAUACUCCCUGAAGACUCGAUGCCAGGUGUGCUCUUUGGCCUUCUCAGAAUCCGGACACCGAAAACACGUGGGCGUGCAGCACGCCAUCAAGCAGCGCGCAUCGACCCACCGGAUGUGCUGAGCCUACUUUCAGCAGUAUAUGGAAAGUGCCCAUCAUCAACAAGACUCUGGCCCUAUUCAGCAGCUACUCUGAGGAAGCGCUUUUGCUGCCUUUUAGCAGGAGUGGGGCUGGCGACAGAAAAGAUCAAAGGGCGAUAUCCCUUCAGCCUAGGGAGCCUUCGCCCUGGGGGCGCUACACAUAUGCUGCUGGAAUCGGAAGACUCAGAAAAAGUGCGGCGUAGAGGACGUUGGGUCACAAACAAGGUUAUGGAAAUAUACCUUCAGGAAAUCCUCUACACCACCUUUGCAGAAACACUGGAUAGGCAGACCAAGAUUAGGGUGAAUCAGCUGGCUGGGAAUUUCACCAAAAUCUUGGGACAGUCCGUGGCCUUCCUGAACUCUGCAAUCCCACCCACUACAUGGUGGAACCUCUUCCAGACCAAAGACGAUGAGGAGCUUGGAGAGGGUGGUGGAAAGAAGAAGCCCCUGUGCGCCGCGGCCCAGGAUGACUUAGGCCGCUUGGUUAGCGGCAGUUCAUCAGAUGAAGGUGCCAAGGUGUGCGAGGGCUGGAAAGUGGUGCACGCCCCAACCAAAGAUCAAGUCGAACGGGCCAUGACCACAUACUUGCUUUACGAGAGUGCGGCAGGCUUUGCCCUGUUCUUGAAAAAAGAAUUUGAAGAGACCGCAGAAACGGAAGAGGAGGUGCAAAAUGCCAUCCUCGAUGCCAAAAAGUUCGGUAAGAUCAUGCAGUUGCACGCCUGGACGCCGUUCCGGGAUGCGGAGGACGCCUUGAACCAAACCAACGACGUGGCCGGUGGCACGCCCACGGAGGAACUGGUGAACUUUCUGGAGAUGAACUUGCCGAAGAAAAAGAAGAGCUACCAGCUGGGCGUCUACGACCCCGAGCUCGGGAAGGCCUUGGCGGAGCAGUUCCCCAUCACUCACGGCCAAUCUGUGAAGGAGCUGCUCCGCGGGUGCCGCAUGCACUUCAACCGUUUGGUGAAGGACUUGAGUGAGAACGACCUGGAUAAGGCACGUCUUGGCCUUGGCCACGCUUUCAGCCGGCAUCGGAUGCAGCUGGAUCCCAAUCGUCAGGACAAACCCAUUAUGAACACCAUUGCCUUGCUGGACAACUUGGACAAGAACAUCAACACCUUCGCCAUGCGUGUUCGUGAGUGGUACGCCUGGCACUUUCCAGAGCUCACGCGGAUCGUCACAGACAACAUCGCCUAUGCCAAGGUUUCCAAGGUUAUUCGUGUGCCCUGGAUGAACGCGGUCUACAGCUUCUACGGAAAGCAACCAGCAGGGUGCCGUGCGCAGUGGAAAUUCAACAUGGGGCUCCUAAGCAUUUUGAAGAAGAUGAAGAAGGAGGAGCGAGAGGCCCGGAUCCUGGUAUUGGGCUUGGACAACGCGGGCAAGACCACCAUUUUGAAGAAGAUGUCCGAUGAAGAUAUCACCCACAUCAUGCCCACACAAGGCUUCAAUAUCAAGAGUUUGGUCCAGGACAACUUCAAGCUGAAUGUGUGGGACAUUGGCGGCCAGAGGGAGAUCCGACCCUACUGGAGCAACUACUUCGAGAACACGGAUGCCUUGGUCUAUGUCAUCGACAGCUCGGACCGCCGGAGGUUGGAAGAAAGUGGCAAGGAGCUGGCCGAGCUGCUGGCAGAAGAUAAGUUGGGAGGCAUCCCAUGCCUGGUCUUCGCUAACAAGCAAGACUUGAUGCAUGCCAGUACGGCACCUGAGAUCUCGGAAGCCUUAGGCUUGGAGGGGAUCCAGGAUCGCAUUUGGCAGAUCCAAGCCUGUAGCGCCAAGACGGGCGAGGGCCUGCAGGAAGGCAUGGAGUGGCUGGUGGCCUCGUGCAAGAAGGACUGAGGCACCGCCAGAAUUGGAGCCAUGCUGCCCCUGUCUGAUUGGAUUUUUUGUCAGAAAACGAUGGAAAGCGGUUUCUGUUGAGAGUUUG